ACUAAAGUUUAACAGUCGAGGCGGGAGCCGGAAGCCCAGCGCCGGAGCGGGCCGGGCGCGGUGCCCACUUGUACCGCGGCGGAGAGGUGCAGUCAUGCAGGAAAACCUCAGAUUUGCUUCAUCGGGAGAUGAUAUUAAAAUAUGGGAUGGUUCAUCUAUGACUUUGGUGGAUAAGUUCAACCCACACACAUCAUCAAAUGGAGUUAGCUCAGUGUGUUGGAGCAGCAAUAAUAACUUUCUAGUGACGGCAUCUUCCAUUGGCGACAAGAUAGUUGUUUCAAGUUGCAAGUGUAAACCUGUUCCACUUUUAGAGUUAGCUGAAGGGCAAAAGCAGACAUGUGUCAAUUUAAAUUCCACAUCUAUGUAUUUGGUAAGCGGAGGCCUAAAUAAAACUGUUAAUAUUUGGGAUUUAAAAUCAAAAAGAGUUCAUCGAUCUCUUAAGGAUCAUAAAGAUGAAGUAACUUGUGUAACAUAUAAUUGGAAUGAUUGCUAUGUUGCUUCUGGGUCUCUGAGUGGUGAAAUUAUUUUGCACAGUGUAACCACUAAUUUAUCUAGUACUCCUUUUGGCCAUGGUAAUAACCAGUCCAUUCGGCACUUGAAGUACUCCUUGUUUAAGAAAUCGCUACUGGGCAGUGUUUCAGAUAAUGGAGUAGUAACUCUUUGGGAUGUAAAUAGUCAGAGCCCUUAUCAUAACUUUGAAAGCACACAUAAAGCUCCAGCUUCAAGCCUUUGCUUUUCUCCUGUCAACGAAUUGCUAUUUGUAACCAUAGGCCUGGAUAAAAGAAUCAUUCUCUAUGACACUUCAAGUAAGAAACUGGUGAAAACUUUAGUGGCUGAUGCUCCUCUAACUGCAAUAGAUUUCAUGCCUGAUGGAGCCGCUUUGGCUAUUGGAUCUUCCCGUGGGAAAAUAUAUCAGUACGAUUUAAGGAUGUUGAAAUCACCAGUAAAAACCAUCGCUGCUCAUAAGACAUCUGUGCAAUGUAUAGCAUUUCAGUACUCCACUGCUCUUUCUAAGACAAGUUUAAAUAAAGGGUGUCCAAAUAAGCCCUUGGCAUUGAACAGACGGGCUGCUAAUGUGAGCAAUACCAGUGGAGGAGUUCAGAAUUCUGGAAUUGUCAGAGAGGUAACUGCCCCUUCCAUUGCCACAGUUCUACCACAACCCAUGACAACAGUCUUGGGGAAAGGAACAGUUGCUGUUCAAGACAAAGCAGGUUUGCCUCGAGGCAUAAACACAGAUAUUUUAUCGAAGGAAACAGACAGUCGAAAAAAUCAGGAUUUCUCCAGCUUUGAUGAUACUGGGAAAAGUAGUUUAGGUGACAUGUUCUCACCUAUCAGAGAUGAUGCUGUAGUUAACAAGGGAGGUGAUGAGUCCAUAUACGGAGGAGAUGGCUUUGACUUUCUACCACAAUUGAACUCAGUGUUUCCUCCAAGAAAAACUUCUGGGGCUUCAAGCACUGCAGUAUUACAUUCUAGUCCUCUUAAUGUCUUCAUGGAAUCUCCAGGAAAAGAGGAAAAUGAAAAUAAUGAUAUGACCACUGAGUCUAAGAAAAUGUAUCUGGGAAAACAAGAGCCUAAAGACUCCUUCAAACAGUUUGCAAAGUUAAUCUCAUCUGGUGCUGAGACUGGAAAUCUAAAUACCUCUCCAUCAUCUAACCAAACAAAAAGUCCUGAAAAAUUUGAAAAGCCAGAAAAAGAAAUCGAAGCCCAGCUGAUAUAUGAACCCACAAUCAGUGGAUCAUCUACUCCAAAUCCAAAGAUAGCAUCUUCUGUCACUGCUGGAGUUGCCAGUUCACUGUCAGAAAAAAUAGCUGAUACCAUUGGAAAUAAUCGGCCAAAUGCACCAUUGACCUCUGUUCAAAUUCAUUUUAUCCAGAACAUGAUACAGGAAACACUGGAUGACUUCAGAGAAGCAUGCCAUCGGGACAUUGUGAAUUUGCAAGUGGAGAUGAUUAAACAGUUCCAUAUGCAACUGAAUGAAAUGCAUUCUUUGCUGGAAAGAUAUUCAGUGAAUGAAGGUUUAGUAGCUGAAAUUGAAAGACUACGAGAAGAAAACAAAAGAUUACGGGCUCACUUUUGAAAUUCAUUGCAUGUUUUGUAACUUGGUAUUUUCUGGCAAUACAGAACUACACAGAAUCAGUAUUCAUGGCCUCUGGAAGAUUUUGAUUUCAAGUAAAAGGGUGAUGGGAUUUCACACCAACCAUGAUUUCAUCUUCUCCAAUUAUUAAAAUAUUUAUAUUUUUAUAUUAAAAACAGUGUAUGAUACAUCAUCUGCCUAAAAAGAAAGUCAACAGGAUCUUUAUUUUCUGAGAACUUUUGCUGUACACUAAGUGCCCUUUUUCAUAAGAGAAGAAAAUUGUGCAUAAAAGAAUAGGUUAAGUAUGUUUUUUAAUCAUCUUUUUUUUAACAGAUAUAUUUUGAUUGAUAAGUUGUCUUCCAAAUUUUGGGGGGUAUUUGAAGAUUAAAGACUUUGAUAUACCUUCUAUUUUUAUGGCGAAAGUAAUUUUAAAAUGACAAUUGGUGUCUCUAAGCAAUUGAUUAAUAAAAUACAGGGUUGGUUAGUAAGUAUUUUGUUAACCGGACAAAAUUAAAUAGGAUUUAUUUAUUAUUUGUACAUUUGACAGGACAAUAUUUAGAAUUUUGAGUUGCAUAGAUUACAUUAUUUCUUUUGCUUUUAUAUUGGUGUAUUGUACUUCUGACAGAUCUCUGCUCCUGGCUGUCUUUGUUUUGCUCAGUUGACUUUACCUGUAAAAUCCUUUUAAAGGCUUAUAAGACUCAACCAGAGCUGCGUGUAUGUGAUUAUCUCAUAAAUUAAUAACAUGUACAUUUUACUAAGUUUCAAUCAGCAUGAUUCAACUAAGUGAAAAUUUCAUAUUGGUUACUAAAUAUUACAGUAUUAUUGCCAUCUUUUUCUCCAGUAUGCAAGGUAUGGAUUGCUUGUUUUGUGGUUUGUAUCGUUAACUUUCUGUAAUUCUUUAUGUAUUGUGUGUAAUGUUUUUGUAUUAUUGACCUUAGCAUAAAGUGAUUUAGAAAGGUUAAUUGUCAGAAGAAUUUGUACCUCUUUUGCAGUGGGUGGAUAUGUACAUCUGCUUGCUAUGAACUGCAGUUUCAUUGGUAUAAGAUUAGGUAGGCUGUUCUAUUGUCUUGCUUACCUUCUUGCAUUCUCUUGUCCCAAAGAUUUAAACUAUGUAUGUACCUUGUAUACAACUCUCUUGUCCAAUUUUGACUUCUGAACUGAAAAUAUUUACUAAAAUUAAGAAAAGCAAUCUAGCUAGCUUACUAACUUUAUGGUUUUCCGAGGUGAUGGAAAUUUUUAAGGAUGUAUUUAAUAAGUAAAAACAUUCUAAUAAUUAAAUUCAGGAAACAAACAGGAAUAUUACUCUUUCACAGUGCGCUCAGAGAAUACAUUUUUAUUAAAGUAUAAAGAGGUGCUAAUGUAACAUUUAUCUAACAGAUUUUGAAAGCAUUAUGACUUGUAACAAGUUUCCUUAUAUAUCAUUAGUGAACAGGCUUAAAAAACAUAGAUUUAGUGUGUUUUGCCUAUUAAUAUUUUCCUAGUGCCUUUUCUAUAAAUGCAUAUAUGUAUAUUAAUAAAAUAAG